CGUUUCGUCAUUUUCAAACCGUAUUCAGCAAGCUUUUUUCUUUUUGGUUUGUUUGGUUUGUUUGCUCGUCUAAAAAUCAAUCAAUAUUUUUUUUGCCAGAAUUAAAAAUCCAUCAAAGAUGAUCAAUCUACAUCCAACAUUACAAAAAGUAUCAUCAAUAUCCAAAGUUGCUUAUCGUUCGAUGAUAGCAACCGAAUUGGCACGUUUACUAAAUGCUGAUUUUAAAUUGAAUUUUAUCGAUCAUGAUGAUAAUGAUAAUAAUAAUUCAAAUAAUAAUGAUAAAUCGGCUACAAUUUUCGGUGCCACACUUACAUUCGAAGGUAUAUGUUCAAUUAGUCAAUUGAUUGAUUAUAUUUCCAAACCAGAUCAAAUUAUUGAAGAAGGUUUAUUUCGUAAAUCUGGUGUACGAUCCCGGCAACAAGAAUUACGUACAAUGAUUUCAUCCGGACAAACAAUCGAAAUUGAUUGUCAAAAAUAUUCUGUUCAUGAUUGUUGUGAUCUAUUGAAAAGAUUUGUAUCCGAAUUACCACAAUCAAUAUUAACAAAUGAAUUGCAGAAAUUUUUUCUACAAUCAUUACGAUUAGAAUCCGGACAAAAACAAUUGGAUACAAUACGUUUAUUAAUAUUAUUAUUACCGGCACCGAAUCGUAAUUUUCUUUAUGAAUUAUUAACAUUAUUCGAUAAUAUUGCUAAACAUUCGAAUCAAAAUCGUAUGAAUAUUGAAAAUUUGGCAACAAUAUUUUCACCAUCUAUUUUUCGUUGUCAAUGGUCAAUGACAACAUCAAAAUCAUUAUCAUCAUCAUCGACAAAUUCUUCACAUCAACAAUCAAAUACUGUACAAAAUAUGCUUCUUGCCAAUCAAGAAUCAAUACAAUGUUUAUCGAUUAUGAUACAAAAUGUACGGCUAAUUUUUGAACCACCUGAAAAAUUAAUCAAUGAUGCUGUAAUUUAUCUUUCCAAUCAUAUUCGUCUACAAAAACGAACGUCUGGACCGGAGAAUAUGAUUAGUGUAACAAAUUUAUCGGCACUUCCAACAACCAAAUUCUGUGCAACAACUGAACAACAUUAUUCAGCUAAAGAUUAUACUGAACGACAGUUGGCCGAAUUAUAUGCACAAAUGCAAUCAAUGGCAUCACAAUCACCAUCGAUACAGAAAAAAUUGAAAAAAUUUAAUCAUCUUAAAACAUCGGCGGCUACCACACCAAAAAAUCUAUUAAAACGUGAUAAAAAACAACAAGAACUUAUUAAACAAUCAUUAAAAAAAUCAGCAUCGAUUAAAAAAUCAACGGAUAAAGGAUUAAAAUCAUUGUUUAAAAAAAUAAUGAUGACACCAAAUAGUGAACGUAAACGUCGCGUUUCAUCAUCAUCAUCGCCAUCAUCUGUAUCCGAAUCAUCAUCGAUAACACCUGUUAUUACUACUACUGCACCAAAUAGUACACCAAAAACUUCCAAAAAAUCAGUUGAUGAUAAUUCAAUGUCACCACGAUCAAUUGUUCCGUUGGAUGAAAAAACAAUUUCCGAAUUGCCUGUAUCACCAAUUGGACGUAAUAAUUCAAAAUCGACAUUAAUUUUUAAACGACGACCAAGUCAAACAUUUCAUCAGACAAAAUUACCGAUUGCUAUUGUUACACCUACAACUACUGUUGCGUCAAAAUUGGAAAAUCAUGAUCAUCAAGAGAAAAAACCACGUCUUCCGACACCAAUUCGUUCAUGUUCCAAUUCAAUCAUAUCAUCUACAUUGUUAUCACGUGCUUAUCAUACACAAGCUCCAAUGACAACAAUACCGGAACGUAUUGAUGGCAAAGAAAAUCAUCGAAAUAAUAAUGCUAAUAAUACUGAUGUUCGAUUACCAAUGAAAAUGAUACGAUCAUUACCAACGCCGUUGCGUAAUUACAACAACAACAAUGAUGAUAAUGAUGAUCAAGCUAAUGAAGAUGAUAAAGAUGAUGAUGAAAAUAUACGUCGAAAACGUGUAAAAUAUUUAGCAUCAGUAUAUGAACAAUUAAUUUCAUUACAGAAUCAAAAUUCAACAACAACAACUGGUAAUAAACAAUCACGAAUACCAAUCAUUAAUAGAUCAAUAUCAUCAAAUCGUUCAAUUGUUACCAAUUCGAAUGAUGAUGAUAACGACGAUGAUGAUAAUCUUUCUGAUUAUGUAUCAUUAACAUCGGUUUAUACAAAAAAACCAUUAGUUCGAAUCGAAUCUAAUCAACGUCCAUCAUCAUCAUCGACGACAACAACAUCGACAAACACAAUUCGUCAUCCAACACCAAAACGUUCAUCAAAUUCAAUGCGUAUAACAUCCAAACAUACUCGAUUAUGAAAUCAAUGAUGAUAAAAAAAAAAUUCUAACAAAAAUUUGCAUAAUA